UUUAAAACCCCAUUUUAGGCUAUUCCCAAAACCCUUUCCUCUCUGUUCAGUGGCAUUCCUCCCGUCGUCGUAGAUCUCUUCUUCCACUCUACUGAGGCUGAGAAUCACAGGGCUGGGUCAGUGGUGGUGUUGCCGACAAAAUGCUAUCCCGAAUUGCAAAACUAAAGCCUCUAGGGUUGUCCAUGGAGUCCUCCUCCUCCUCCUCCUCUUGGAACCACCAAUUCCUCCAACGAUGCUCCGUCAGCGGUACCGCUAAGGGCAAAGCCAAAAUCAAAACCGGCCAAACCUUAAAGCGAUUCAGAACCAAUACCAAAAAGGGCGCUACCGAAUCUAAAACCGCCGGAGGAUCCAAAAAACCGUUCGAACGAGAAGACAGGCUUGAACACCUCUGCCUCAAUGCUCCCACUCCCGUCCGAUACCUGAACCCGAGAGAAAGAGCACGCGAAGUCAAGCGAGAGAAGUUGGGGCUUGUCAGCAAGGACCGGCAGCGAGAGCUGGAUUUGAUGAAGAAGAAGAACUACAAGGAAAAGAUGGGUAUCCCGGAGACGCCGACGAUUAUUGGGACUCCUGGGUUGGAUCUAAUAUCGCUGGGACUGGUUGAUGCAGACAAGAUUCCCCAGUAUGAACUCACUGUGGAGGAUGGGCGGCGCCUGGCCAAGGAGUACAGUAGGGUUCUUAUGAGGCGCCACCGGACCAGGCAGGCCGCCGAGUCCAACCUUUUGACGUUGAAGAAGGAGGCAAUCGAGGCCCUACCGGAGGAUUUGAGAGCCGCCGCUUUGGUACCGGACCUGACACCUUUCCCCGCGAACCGAUUCAUGGCUACUUUGACUCCGCCAAUUGAGGGUUACAUUGAUAAGGUCAAAGAAGCGGCCAAGAAGAGUAGUGGGAAGGAGAAGCUCAGAUGACACCCCCACACCCCAAGAAUGAGCUAUGUUUGUGGGCCUGGAGAACUUCUGUCGUUUCACAAGGGGCAAGUAGAAGUCUUAAAGCUGUGUUUAUGGGUUCCGGUGGGCAGCAAAGCACUAAUGGGCUGAUGCAAUAAACUUGCUGAAUUUAGAACGAUGUCUUUUGGUAACUAGAACAUUAUUAUUUUUGUCUGGCUUGUUCAACUGAGGAAUUUUGCCGAAUCAAUGUAUUUUUAGAUUAUGUUCAAAUUCAUCAUGGACAUUUUCUCAAUCCAGUGUUAGAAGGAGCAUCAAGGGAAACUGUUACCUGUUUAAA